AUGGUGCUGAUGCAUCCUUGGCUCGGCAUCGUGUUCUUCCGAUAUGUGUCUGGCCAAACGGAGAUCAAGGUCGCUGGAUCCUCCACGGUUUUUCCGGUUGCAAAUGCAUGGGCAAAUGGCAUCCAGAACGCCAGUAGCUUUGUGAUCACCAUCGAAGGUGGCGGCUCCAGCUCCGGUGCAAGGCGUGUGUGCAAGGAUCGUGCGGAUCCGGACCACGUUGACAUCGGCGACAUGUCGCGCAAUUGGAAAAGUAGCGAGGCGCUCUUGCUGGACGAUGACUACACGUGGGAGUGCAGCAGCUCGAAGAUCCGCGUGACGCAGCUCCAAGUCGGGACUGACGGCUUAGCCGUGGCGGUUGCGAAGGGCGGCCGGGCGCACGACUGCCUGACGUCGGCGGAGGUGGGCGGCCUGACGUUGGCCAUGCUCCACUGGAUGUUCACGGACUGGAGCAACGAGCAGCUGGAGAGCUACGGCGUGGAUUUGGCCUCCGUGAUCCCCAACGAUGACGCGGACGGCAUCAAGGAGUGGAGCGACCUGUCUUCGGCCUGCCCAGAGGUGCCGAUCAACAUCUACGGGCCAGGGUCCGACUCCGGGACCUACGGCUUCUUCGCAGAGGCCACGCUCUGCGAGGACUGCUUCGCGGGGGAGGACGGCUACGAUCCCGAGGGCUUCCCGUACUGCCCCACGGACAAGCACAGCGCCCUGGAGCAGCUCAGCACGGAGCCGGACAUCGCCGACUUCAUCCAAAACCAGAGGCCAUUGAACUGCUAUAUGCACUCGGAGUCUGACUAUCAACUCUUUGAGUGGCUGUCGGCAGAUCCCGGUGGCAUCGUCUAUUUCGGUUAUGCCUACUUUGCCCAGUAUGCCAAUCUGCUGACAGUGGCGCGAAUUGCCAACGACAGGUACAAAGGCGUCAAGGAUACGGCCGAUGCGAGGGUCGAGCCAUCGACCUACACCAUCACUGACGGAUCUUACGAUGUUUACAGGCGGAGCUUGUUCAUGAAUGUCGACAACGAGGCCUGGGACCGAGUGCACCCUUUCCUGAGCUUCGGCUUCAGUUCUGCGGGUCAGUCCCUGGUGGCUUCCGUGGGCUACGUCGCGGCGAACGCCGCCCUCCUGUCCAAGAUGAAGAUUCGGAUCGAGGAGCGUGGAAACGAAGAGGCGGACUACGUGUCCGUGGCUCCCUCGAGCUGCCCUGUCGGAGCCGAGCUGCGCGCGGUCCCCUACAUCAACCAGUUCGGAAACAGCAAGAUCAACUACACUUGCAGUCUUUGCUCUCCCGGGAGCUUCAAGUAUCUGGACACCCCGACAGCAUGCACGAGCUGCGAGCCGGGCCGUUACACGGACCAGGUGGGGCAGAGUAGCUGCAGGCUCUGUGACCCUGGCUAUGAAGCCUUGAACGGCACCAGCUGCCAUGCCUGCGGGGUCGGGUUUUACAAAAGAGAGGCGGCCGCGGCCUCCUGCUCGCCUUGCGGAGCUGGCACCUUCAACAACCAGACAGCACAGGCGGAGUGCGCUUUCUGCGGCCCUGGCUACUUCGCGCCCCAGGGCUCCACAGAGUGCUCUGCUUGCCCCUUGAACGAAGUCGCUGCAGCCCCCGGCUCCGCGAGCUGCAAUCGCUGCGGCGACGGCUUCACCACGACGCAGGUGGGAUCCACGGCGUGCAGUCGCUGCCGGGCUGGGACCUUCCGCUCCAACGAAACACAGUGCGUUCACUGCGCUGGUGACAAGACCACGGCAUUCCAGGGUGCCGUGCUCAAGAGCGACUGCAUCUGCCCAGCCGGGAAGUACUUGCGAGACGGGCUGACAGGAGACAGCAUGGAAGCAAUGUCGAGCGGCACCUGCGUUGAAUGUUCCGAUGGCAUGAACUGCCCCUUGGGCAGCGAUCUCCGCAUCUGGGCGAGUGUCCUCGCCGGUGCAGAGAUGGAUCCGGAGGACCAGCUGUUCCCUUUGCUCCAACCGGGCUACUACUCCACUCCGGAGGAGCCGAUGCAGGCCCGGGCCCACAGAAAAGGACAAAAGGCUUCACGCUGA